ACAUUUAAAGUAUACACACAUCUUUGAGGACAGAUCAGUCGAGUUUAAUAUCUUCGGUGAUCGAACUGUGUAUAUGAUUCAUUAUGGCUGUGAAAAGGAGCAACUUUUAUACCAAGUCUAGUUGGUUUUGUAAUUGCCUUUGUCAGACUUUCGGCUGGCUGAGAAAAAACUUUAUUGCAGGAGUAACAUAGGAGAUAAUUAUGAAGUUUUAAAAAAUGAAGUAGUCGUCACUGGCCUUUUGGUACACCUGAACCAGAUUUAAAUGGAAUUCUUUCAUGGAGUCACAUGUUGGGGCUGCUUAGAAGACCAAGUGUAGAAUUUGGCUUGAUGCUUAGCACUAAAUGUGAGUGCAGACUUUGAAAGUCCAAAGCAGAGCCACAAAGGCAUUGGUGGGUAGAAGAAUACCUCCUCCCUAUUUACACACAGGAAUGGUCCCGGGGCCAGAGGGCUAAGGAAGUCCUCGUAUUUACAUAAAGUAUUGAGGAAGAGGAGCCGACAAGGUUGGGAGCAGGGGAUAGCAUCCCUGUAAUUAACGUCAGAACCAUUUUAUACACGAAGAGAGAAUUGAUGCAUCGAGACUUGAAACUUCGACAAGAAAAAAAAUGAGAAAAAGGAUCUCCUCAACUUCUUUUUUUUUUUAAGUUGUUGAAGAAGGAAUUUUAUACUCUCCACAUCCUACAGAUGUACUGUGUCUGUUUUCAUAUUUUUAAUUUGCAGAUGUUUACAAGUGUUAGAUGCCCACCCACCAACCAUUUGUUUUUCUCCAACUUUGUAUCCUGACAGACGAAAUUCAGAUACUCAAUUUUUUUUUUCUUUAAAACUUUUUAUAACAUUUGCCUUUUUUUUUAUUGCAAUCUUGAUUAAUUGCGUUUUUUCCUUCUAGUCCCGAGUGAACAUAAGGCAGAAAGUGUUGGUUAUCAUUUUAACCCCUCUGACAGAUAAUAACUGUGACAUUUCAAUAUAAUUUGUAAAUGGACUCCUGACUGGAAAAUGACAGCAUAUUAAAUGGUCAAAGCAAUUUCAGAAGUGUGUAUAAGUUCAUAAUAAUGUGCAUUUCUUUGUCGAGAGACACAAGCUGGAGAACAGAAAAUUACUGGAUUUACUGAAGCAUGUGGAAGACUUCAUCACAAAAUUCAGAUUCAAUUUCUUUUUACAUACAAUAAAGAUAUAUGUACUGUACUUCCAAAACACACUAAUCAAUUUGAAAUCUGAAUAAAAAAAAUUGGCAGAUGUACUAACUAAAGGUGAAAAUUAUGUUGGAACGUCAUACUGUAGAAUUUUUUCUUUUGAACUGUUGAAAUGGACAUUAAGAAUGAAAAGGAAAGUCUUCGUCUUGAUCAUCUCAAUCACCACAAAAAUCAACAUGAUCCAGUAAUCAGACGAUUGUGAUGAACUGGGAUCAAACAAUAUGAUCAUUCAAGUGUCCAUCUAAUAUGGUGAUGAUUAGACAACUCAUGAGAGGAUACUGUAAGGAAAAGAAGCUGAAAAAAGUACAAGUAAAGAAAUCAAUGCCUGCAGUUAUUUGUAAAUAAGCCUUUCCAGUAACAACAAGAAACUGCAACAUGUGGCGGUGAGGGGAUUGUGUAAUGAAGCAGCAAAGAGCAAAAGGUCAGAGGCAGGGUGAAGGACACUGGACAGCUCUAACCUACAUAUAAAUGGUAGAAGUUCUCUACCUGUCCCAACUGAUAUGUACAGGACCUUAACUACUGAUUCGUACAAGACUAUAACUACUGAUUCGUACAAGACCUUAAUUACUGAUUUGUAUGGGACCUUAUUUACUGAUUUGUAUUAGACUUUACUGAUUUCUAUGGGACCUCUAGGACCUUAAUUACUGAUUUGUACACAACUUUUGUACACCACCUUCUUUACUGAUCUAUACAGGACCUCAGUUUUUAGUUUAAACUAAACUAAACAUGACCUUAAUUACUGGUUCAUAUGGGACUUUAAUUACUGAUCUUUACAGAUAAUUAUUGAUAUGUAUAUGGGACUUUAAUUACUGAUCUGUACAGGACCUUGCCUACUGAUUUUUUAAAUGCAGGACCUUGAUUAUUUAAAUUAAUGUCUGUAUGGGACCUUGAUUAUAAAGGGACCUCAAUAAUUGAUUUGUACUUAACAUUUAUUACUGAUCUGUAUGGAACAUUGAUUAAUGCUGAUCUAUUGCUGCCCCAUUGUCUGAGGGAGAGGCUGAACAUCUGCAGACAACUGUUUGUGCGUUGUGCAACGGUGUUGGCAUGGAGAAGAUAUAUGCAUAAAAUACAUUAAAAUGAAAAUCAUCAUUGGAAUAAUCAUGUUUAUUUUAAUUACUUUAGAUCUGUUAUAUUGCACUCCAUGUUCAGGCUUUUUGUUUUUCUGAAUUCAUCACAUUUGCAUAAAAUUCUUAUAAAAUAUUAAUAAUGUGACAUGUUUUGAGACGGUAAAAUAGUUAUUACAGAGUCCUGACAAUGAAUUCAUGACGUCCAUGUGAAAGGUUGUCAAAUAUUAAGUGUGUGUGUACCUGUUCCUUCAGGUGAAGAUGCAAGUGAUUAUUGCAUUAAAUUGGCAAAGUUCACGGUGCAAUAACGUAAAAUAACUAGGAUCUUCUACACCAGAUCUGCGAGUUAUCAUAAUAAGUGAAAUGUGAAAGAUUUUUAUUGCACACGCAAGUACGGUAAGCCUCCCAAUUUUUUUGAAUGGGGGUCACGUGACACGCUGAGCAGUGGAUCAGCGUGCUAAACAAUUUCAGUCGAGCCAGUGUUGAUGUUCGGGAGAGGACCACUAGAUUUUUACAGUGUGGAUUUUACUACUUUAUCAGUGUAGAGGAAUUAUAUUGUUUUAACAUAGUAACUUUAAUUUACAAAUAUUCCGAUGGAUUAAAAAAAGUGUUGAUUUCCAACUUGGAUUAUAUUUUCUUUUAAAACUUUUUUUGAAUUUACCUGAUUUUAAAGAAAUCGCCUAUGUUACGCUGAAGUUAACAGAUUAAAAUUAUUGAGAAACUUUUGGAGUUGCUUAUGACAUGAUGUAGAGAAUUACAAGGGACAUACCCUCCAAGAAAUGGGCUACAUUCAGACUCUUGUUAUCACGUGCAUUAUUGUUCUGAAUUUGUCUUCUGAGAUUGCUUCAACGACUACAACCAAAUCCACAGGAGCACCACCUAGAUUAAGAGAGAAUGAUCCAACGGUAGAAUCCAUCAAAGUAAAGGAAGGAUCGAAAUUAAAACUAAGAUGUAGAGUGCUCGGUAAUCCUCGGCCAUACACUGUCUGGUAUAAGGAUGGAGAAAGACUGAAAACUCGUAACAACGAUAGGCUAAAGGUCAACAAAAAUUCCUUGUUAAUUACGCAACCGCGGGAAGAAGACAGUGGACAGUAUUCCUGCCAUCGAGAAAACCAGUUCGGGGAGGCAUGGAAAAACUACACCCUCAUAGUCAAAAACGAAAAACCAAUUGUGGACAAAAAUGUUGACUGCGAGAAAGUGGGUCCACCACAAUUUAAGGACAAGGGUGAAUUAAAUGAAUGGAUAGCCCGACCUUCCCAAGCCUCCGUGGACUUCAAGUGUAGUGUGUGCGGUAGUCCCGAGCCCAAUAUCACAUGGUAUGUGGGUGGACGCCAAAUCAACUCCGCAGUCAGUGGUGGCAAGUAUAAAGUCAAAAGAAAAAUAUCUUUAGUUGUGGAAGGGUUGACCAAAAAGGAUGCGACAGAAUACACAUGUGUUGCUCAAAAUGAACAUGGUUUCAUCAACCAUACCUUUGAGCUUAAAGUCAUAGACCGGGUUUUGACAAAGCCUGUGAUUCACGGUCCCGUGAACCAGACUGUGACCUACAUGGAUGACGUGAAGUUUGAAUGUAAAGUGGUCAUGAGUGACCUCCAACCCCACAUUCAGUGGCUCAAACACUACCAGGUCAACGGCUCUUUUGAAAAUGAAAACGAAGAUCCUUACGUUCACAUCAUACAGAAUUCACAGCGGGGCAGGCUGGGCGGCAAGCAAUCGUCUUUCAACCUGACCAAACCUGAGAUUUUGUACAUCAGAAAUGUGACCUACGAGGAUGCUGGGUGGUACACUUGCUUGGUGACCAAUUCCAUGGGUCGGGCAUUCCAGAGCGCCUGGCUGACCGUUGAAGAUUCAAAAUGUGAUAACUGCACAAAUUCCACAGAUGAUUCACGUCUGGAACCUGUGCCCGAGUCGGCUAAAGUGAUACAGCAGGUGCCCUUGCCCCGGAACAAUAUGACUAUGAUCAUCACCAUUGUGUCCGUGGUCUGUUCUACCCUCCUUCUAGUCGUCGGCAUUGUCGCCAUAGUCUGCUGUCGAAGAUGGAAUCUCCGUCACAAGAAGUUUGCCAAUGUCAAGAGAGUCAUUGUAAUGCGACCAAAUGAGAUUUAUUACCCUAACAAGAUUGGAGCAGAAGGACAGGCUCUGAUUGUUCCACAAGUACGCAUUGAAACGACCAAUCAGAGACGCCGCCUUUCGUCAGACUUGACCGUCAUGUCGGAGUAUGACCUGCCAUUGGACAAGACUUGGGAAUUCUCUAGAGAAAGGCUUGUGAUGGGAAAAACUUUGGGUGAGGGAGCUUUUGGUGUUGUAAUCAAAGCAGACGCUCAUGGUAUUUCUGGCAAAAAUGGAGCAGUCACAGUGGCAGUCAAGAUGUUGAAAGAGGAUGCGACGGACCGGGAGCUGACCGACUUGAUACAGGAGAUGGAGGUGAUGAAGUUGAUUGGUAGUCACAAGAACAUCAUCAACCUGCUAGGCUGCUGUACUCAGAAUGGUCCUCUGUAUGUCAUUGUGGAGUUUGCCCCUCACGGAAACUUGCGGGAUUUCCUGCGCAGUAGGAGACCCCCUAACAAUGGGUACGAAAAGCCCGUUGGUGAGGAAAACCCCCAGAAAGAAACGCUCUCUGAGAAAGACUUGAUAUCAUUUUCAUAUCAGAUAGCCCGAGGCAUGGACUAUUUGUCCCAGCGCCAGUGUAUUCAUCGGGAUCUAGCUGCCAGAAAUGUGUUAGUUGCUGAGGACUAUGUGCUAAAAAUAGCUGAUUUCGGCCUUACAAGAAACGUCACGAAUAUCGAUUACUACAGAAAAACUGGAGAUGGUCGUCUUCCUGUGAAAUGGAUGGCUCCCGAGGCUUUGUUUGAUAGAAAAUAUACCUCAAAAAGUGAUGUAUGGUCCUAUGGGGUGUUACUAUGGGAAAUCUUCACGCUGGGAGGUAACCCCUACCCCUCGGUGCCUGUGGAGCGCCUGUUUGAGCUGCUGAGGAGCGGUCACCGGAUGGAGCGCCCCCCGUACGCCUCCAAGGAGAUGUACAGCCUGAUGUCCUACUGCUGGGCCGACGCCCCCACACGUCGCCCCACGUUCCUCUCCCUGGUCAAGGACCUCGACAAGAUGUUGACGAGCCGAGGGGAGGUGAGUGGGGACAGAAUGAAGAACACCGGGAAGUGCUUGGCUCGGAUUAUACAUGAAUAUCUGGAUCUGGAGCCCGGAGUGACGCCAUUAGAGACGCACGUCAGUACGUCGGACAGCCAAUAUUCCUCAAUGUCUCGGAGCUGUAGCAGUGUGUCAGACGAUGUGAUCAGCCACACAAACAGUAGCAGUACGUGUAGUAGUGACUCCGAUAAGGAGGAUGCGGUGUAGGGAGAAAAACCUGUCUCAAACUCUACAGGAUUGGCAGCUUAAUUCACUGUUAUUCUUUAAACACAAUGCUGAAGGCAUUACGGAUGUACAGUACUAUAGAGAAAAACUGUGUGGGUCUUUUUCUGAAAAGACCAUGUUUACGAGAGACCUUCCGCGCACUUUGAACUCUUGCAAUCAGAGAAUAUCUAUGCAAACAAAAAUAAAUGAAAACUUGCUAUAGCAUCGGAGCAUGCAAAGACCUCUUGUCGGAGAUGAGGCGCACACUUUUACUGAAUGUUGUAAUGUGUUCCAUUAACAUAGGGCAUAUUAUUGCUUGUUAUUACACCACUCGGUUAGUAUUGUGACAUCAUAAUCAUCUGAUAGUCCCAUCAUCGGUCAUUGAACAAGAAUGUCUAAGAACCCUUACGAGUACCUUGUUCAUGGAAUUUUUGGCCAGUGUCGAGUCAUUUGUGUUCAUAGUCAACGUUUUGACUGACUUUGUUGGGUGUUAACUGCAUUUGACUGGAACAAGGAAGGACCUUUUUGUAUCAGUAUUUAGAACAUUCGUCAGUGAUCAAACAAGUGCUUUAAAAUCUACUUACCAAAAUGUAAUGAGCAAAACACUCUGAUGAUCAUGUUGGUUUAUGUGGAGAAUUCCACUUUAAUGUGGAGAAUUCCACUUUAAUGUGGAGAAUUCCACAUUGUAUGUGACAAUUACAAGGACUACUCUUGUUGUUGAUAAGGACAGGACUAUAAUAAUUGAAUACAACGAAUUGUCCAUUUAUUUUUUAUUUGUCCAAAUGCAUUGUAAGGAAAUCCAUCCAUUAUUUUUGCCUAUCAAUGGGUUUUUCUGUUGUAAUUUGUGUAUAAUUGAGAUUUGAUGCUUCAUACAAUGCCAUUGUGAUGAUGCAAUAUAUUCACUUUAUGAAAGACAUAAGUAUCUUUGCAUUACUUUAAGCUGAAAAGUUAAAUCCUCUAAACAAAAAAGUAUGACUUUUAUAUGACCGACCCUUUAUUUGACAAUUUUUUUUUAAUACAGACAUGCAAUGAAUUGUACAGAACAAGAAUAUUUAAUGAGAGAAAAUUUUUUACAUGUGAUUUUUUUCUUAUAGUUACAGUUUGUCUAAAUAGACAUUUUUUUUUACAUGUGAGGUUGACAUCUCUUAUUUUAUUCACUGCCAAGAAAUUGCAAUUAUUCUGUAAUGUAGCAUUUUAUUAUUAUUAACCAAUUUUGUGUUCAUUUUACAAAGCAUUUUUAAAGUGAACUUGGUUUUUUUUUUCCUUCAAUUUUUAUUAAAUCUACUGAGUUCUCUGGUUUACAUGGGCAGAGACCUACAAAAUUUAAUUUACUUGUGUUUUGCAUUGUUGAUGAUUAUUGGUUGUAAAUGUUUGCAGAGCCAAACCAGUUGAAAUUUUUUUAUUAAAAAAAGGUUGUAGAACAAUAUACAUAUUUGCUCCAUGAUUUUUACGUAUAAUUUGAUGUUAUAUAUUUUUUAAAUAUUUGCCUUGAUAGGUUGUAUAAUGUUUAUCCUUGGGGUUUAAUGAACCAAUCAAUAAGAUUAAAACCGUUUAAAUAUUUGAAAUGACAUAAUUACAUACCAGAAGGUCAGUACAAGUAAGUUAAAGGGAGGAAGGAUUCAUACAUUAAUAUUUAAUUCUCUUGAUGUUCUAGUUCAUUGGCCCCCUUCAUGGUAACUGCAAUACUUUAAUUUUGCAGGGCAAAUUUACUUUAGUUUGGUGAAACGUGAUGCAACAGCUAUUGUUUAAUCUACGUCAUUUUGAUUAUCUACCAACCAAACUUUAUCGAUUUCCCCAGCAAAAGAGAAGAAUCGCUGUUAUUGUGAAAGGGCCCGUUAUUAAUUUCAAAAACAGCAGUACUAUUUAAUUUAACAGUCAACUUCUCAGUAUUCAUUUGUGUCUGUAGUAUUUUUGGAUUUUUUUUUGUUUCUAUAAUGUGUCAUGCUGUUGAUCAAGAUGCCAUGAAAAGAUUUGUUGAAAUGUUGAAAGUAGAACGUUUAUAUUUGUAAUGAUUUGUUGAAACUUUUCUUGAGUAUACAAUGUGACCUUGAAGAAACAGGAGAAUAAAAUUACCUUAAUUCAU